AUGCCCAUUUCUGACAAUGACUCGAUAUCUGCCUUCCUGGCAGAGAUGCCGACAAUGACCGAAGACCCUACGCGGCACGUACUUUGGACGGAACUUGUGCGCCUGAAGACGAGGUCACUAGAGCUUCAGAUCGCCGAGGCGAAAAGAAAAGAGAAGGAGGCGGAGCUGGAGCUUGCGAGAUUACAGAGUGGGGCCGUCUCUAGAAAUGACGGCGGAAGCAAUGCCACGGCAGGGCCAAGCGGAUCCAACGAUCUUUCGGCUGCUGGUAUUGCGGGGACUCAAGACACAUCCAGCUACGGUAUAUCGCAACAAAUUAUGCCCCCUCAGCAUCAGCUCGAACAUCAUCAAAUCCAACAGCCAUAUGACGCGGCCCAGCAUCAGUUGUACGGUGCGCCCCAAUCAGGUCAGGCGCCAUGUGCCAUGUCUCCUUUCGACCUGGAUGCGCUGCUUCAGACUGAUACCAACAACUUCCUGUCGUGGCUACCUGAUCUCGGAGGGCACGACAUCUCCCAGUCAGAUCAGUCUGCACCAUACGGUGCCAUGCUGUCAUCGUCGCAUGACGUUCCGUCUACUAGCGAGCAUAUGCCUGUCGCGCAACCUUCCCCCGCUCCUCCAAGUCCCCCAGAUAUCCAUUCCCCGCCCACAAAAAGAUUAAAACGGACAACGGAGAAGAAGACUGUAGUUGAGCAAGCGUGUAUCUGCACCUCUUGCUCCGAACCUCUUGCGCGUGUAUUAAUUCGGGCGCCCAAGUCACAGAUUCCGAAUCCCAUCAACGUCUCAAUCAAGUGCCUCAAGUGUGCCCCUGUCCAGCAACCGUCGACCUUGCCCGAUCCCAAUCAAACGGCCAGUGGCUCGGCAAUAGGGACAGUGGAAACCAGAAAGAGGAUGAGGACGUCUAUGGAAAUAGAUGACGAAGAUGCCAAGGUCCUUGAAAGAAGAACUUGGUGUGAUGUGUGCCAAAAGGUUGUUGGCUCUGGACAAUUGAUAGGUGGAAAGAAAAAAGAGAACAUAUCACACAUGGCGGAGAUAGUGUGUGUGAGCUGUGAUAGCAAAUAUCAGAGGUGUACGGAUUGUGGCGGUGGUGGUGGUCCUCGAGUCGGUAUCGGGAAAUGGCGUAUGAAACAGGUCUUUCAUCCGGGACGCAAGACGUGCAGCCUUUCUCACACGAGGUUGGGCGAUCGUACCCGCGAGCUCGGUGUCCACGUCACCCCUACAGACUUUACUCCCGAGCAAAUGAAGGAGGUACUGUCCCGCUGUAAGGCCUUGUGGAAUGAAAAGACCCUUUCGCGAUUAGCCAUUCCGGAAAUGCUAGAGGUAGACUUGCCGGCAGGUUUCGCCAACCCCCUCCGCGACUUUGCCGAUGUCGACGAUAUUGUCACUCGCAAUUGGCCCUCGAGGGAAGCAAUGAUCCAUGGAGAAGGUAUAGAUCAGACCCGCUUCAAACGACUUCUAUCUCUGAUAUGGGCCCACUCGAAACCUCGACGUACUGUCAGGACGGUCGAUCUGGAAGAAGAAUGGACAAAGCACGCCGACGAGAAUGACCACCAAGACAUGAGCACUGUACUGGCAAAUGUCCGACGAACAAACGUAGUCAUUCCUGCGGGUUCCGAGCUCAUCGGUAUGUGGGGUGGAGAAUGGGAUAUGCAGAACGGCUCCCUCCUUAUCUCUACCUUCAUCCCGUUCGAGGGAACCGACGGAGAGGACAGCACUGCCCUUUCAGUGGGGGAGAUGAUUACCAAAGUUCAAGGUUUGCUGCAGGAGAUCAAUACGGCAAGAACGGACCAAGCGGCUUUGGAAGGCAGACAACCUGUCCUGCUGCCGCCCUGCCAGCACUUGUGGACGGUGUCUGGGGGCUACAUUCCCCUGGUACGGGAACGAUUCGCAGAUGUCUUGAUAAAGAAAAGAGCAUUUGUUCAUCUUGAAGAGUAUCUCACGAGACACCCGGAGUUUAUCGAAUGCGUCAAAGCUAGACCUGUCGGUUUGCAUCCUGAUAUACAUCGUCCCAUUCCCGUGUCGGACUCAAAUGAUGCGGAUGCGUCGACCCCACGGCCUCUCAUCCUUGUAAGAUGGCUCGGUAACGACUUUGAUGCGCAAAAAAUCCUAGAGAUCAAGCAGAUGGAGUUCGGCGGUGCCAAGGGGAAGACUAAAAAGCGGCCGAGGGGUAAGGCGUGA